UCCCCAGCCCUCCGACAAAAAGGCCACAAACAGCCCCUAACUCUUCCCUACACGCACUGCCUCUUCCCUGCGUGGCUCUUUUCAAAAUUCAACAGAAAUUAGCAGCGCAAUUUCCUCUUCAGCAAACCAUCUCCGCCGUGAUGAAAAAAAAAUUACUUUGGUCCGACCUCCUAUGACAUGGCAUCCACCUGUGCUUUGCUCAUCCUCGCGGCUUCCGCUGCCCUCGUCAACGGCCACGGCUACACCACCGACCCGCCCAACAGGUCGUCCAUGUGGCGCUACGGCUACAGCACACCCACCAACUACGAAGACAACCAACUGUGGUGCGGAGGAUAUAAUACCCAACACAACGUUUAUGGUGGAAAGUGUGGUCCUUGCGGAGAUACUUUUGGAGAUGCUCGUCCACGUGCCAAUGAGAACACUGGCAAGUUUGGUCGCGGUAUCGUCACCAGAACUUACACGCAAGGGUCUGUCAUUUCUGCCACCUUCAAGAUCACGGCCAAUCACAAGGGAUGGGUCCAGUUCUCUCUAUGCAGAUUGAACUCGCCCACCGCUCUUGAGACCGAAGAGUGCUUCACCCCCCUCAAGUUGGCCGGAUCGACCAGCACCAGGUACUACCUGCCCAACUCGAACGUGGGCGACACCACCUUGAAACUGCAGCUGCCCGCCGGAUUCACGUGUCCGCGGUGCGUCCUGCAGUGGCACUACAACACCGGAAACUCGUGGGGCGUGUGUCCGGACGGCACCGGCGCCCUCGGCUGCGGCCCCCAGGAGAACUUCCGCACCUGCUCCGACAUCGCCAUCAACUAACUCGCCCGACCCGCCACAUUUGCACAAAACCUCUUGAAUCUGCGCUUAUUUUUACUCUAAUUUUAGAACUCGUAGUAUAGAUCUUGUACCUCAAGCAAAAUGAAUGUGCCAAAAAUCAUACUGAGAAUGUUAUAGAAUGUAGAAUAGAUUUAUUUAAAAAAUUUAGUUUGUAACUUAAAUUAUUUUGCGAGUUGAUUGUGAAACCAAAAAGUAGAUUUAAUAAAGUUGUAGAUAUAUAGAGCACGAAAA